UUUUACGUGUGUCGGGCUUGAAAGAGGAAGUUACGCGAGACUCUGAGCGUUGCGGGGCCGCUGGGAAGAUAUAAGCUGCCGAAGCAAAGCGGGUGGGCAGACGGCAUUGGAAGGCGACGGAAGUGGUCCUGUGGUGGAGGGUGGGAGAGGGCUGCCGAGCCAGUUCACUCGGCGUCGCCGGGCGCCUCGGCAAGGCGCACUUGCACUCCUUUCCGAGUGCUGGACCCAGUCUCUUUCCCCUCGGCCGAACAUGGACUUCAGGGAAAUUCUCCUGAUAGCUUCCAAAGGACAAGGUGUCAACAAUGUGCCCAAAAGGUAUAGUUUGGCAGUGGGACCUCCUAAGAAAGACCCAAAAGUUAAAGGUGUCCAAUCAGCAGCUGUACAAGCUUUUCUUAGAAGAAAAGAAGAGGAGCUCAGACGAAAGGCCUUAGAAGAGAAAAGGAGAAAAGAAGAACUAGUGAAAAAACGAAUUGAGCUCAAACAUGACAAGAAAGCAAGAGCUAUGGCCAAGAGGACAAAGGAUAAUUUCCAUGGUUACAAUGGGAUUCCUGUUGAGGAGAAGUCAAAGAGGAGGCAGGCGAUGGAGAGCCACACCAGCCAGGGAAUAGACCAAGAGUACGAGAUGGAAGAAGAGGAUGAAUUCUUAGAAUAUGGUCAGGCGGAGUUGGAGCAGGAGUAUGAGGAAGAACAAGAGCGCAAACCAAAGGUCCCCCUUAAAAGUGCCCCACCACCCAUGAACUUCACUGAUUUACUGAGGCUGGCUGAGAAAAAGCAGUUUGAACCAGUGGAGAUCAAAGUGGUGAAGAAAGCAGAAGAGCGACCUAUGACUGCACAAGAACUUAAGGAGCGAGAAUUCCUUGAACGAAAGCAUAGGAAAAAGAAACUGGAGACAGAUGCAAAACUACCUCCAACUGUAUCUAAGAAGGCACCCUCUCAGAAGGAAAGUGUGGGCACAAAAUGUAACAAAGUUCCUGGGGACAGGCACCCUUCUUCCAAAGGAAUGCCCUUUCCUCAUACGGAGAAGAAAUCCAGACCCAGUACAGUCAGUGAGAAACAUUUAGCUUUGUCUUCAUCCAAAUCUGUGCCCGGAGAGAGGACCAAGGCAGGGUCUGGCAACAGCUCCCAGCCCUCACUUCGUGAGGCUCAUGACAGACCUGUUUUCAAUGGGACUGGGAAGCCCCACUGCAGCACCUAUUCACUAAGUGUCCCAAAGACUUCUGCUAGCGGGACUCAGAAAUCUGCUACUGAGCACAAAGCCAAAAAGCUCCCUUCUUCCCACCCUAGCCAUUCCAAACCUGGGCCUACGGUCACUCCCCAGAGUAAGGCUAAGAGUCCAGGCGUCAGACAGCCAGGCAGCGCCACCAGCUCAGCCCCCGGGAGGCCCAGUCCAGGGGCUGCUCGGCCCACACUUGGUUCUGGCUCUAUGCCCAGGCACCAGAACGGCAGCUCCAGCUCAGGACCUGAGCGAUCAGUCAGUGGGACUAAGAAGCUGUCCAGUGACUCAAAUUCUUCUGGGCGGACAGUCAGUGGUAUAAGCGGCCCUGGGAGACCUGUCAGUGGCUCAGGUAGUUCCGGGAGACCUGCGGGCAGCUCUGGCGGCCCUGGGCGACCUAUAAGCAGUUCACAUGAUCGACGACCUGUGAGUGGCUCAGGGCCCCCUGGACGGCCAGUCAGUGGUGCCGGACGAUCCGUAAGUGGCUCAGUGCCCGCUGCACGGACUGUUAACAGUUCAGGCCCUGGGAGACCAGUGAGCAGCUCAGGACCUGGGCGAACAGUUAGCAGCCCAGGCCCCCACAUAAGGCCCAAGUGCACUGUUGUCUCGGAAACAAUUUCUUCCAAGAAUAUUAUCAGCCAGUCCAGCAAUGGGCAGAUGAAUGGAAUGAAGCCUCCUCUGUCAGGCUACAGAUCUGCCCAAGGUCCUCAAAGGCUUCCCUUCCCUGCUGGCUACAAAAGGCAGCGAGAUUAUGAAGAGGAAGAUGAUGAUGAUGAAUAUGACUCUGAAAUGGAUGAUUUUAUUGAAGAUGAAGGGGAACCUCAGGAAGAAAUAUCAAAGCAUAUUCGAGAAAUUUUUGGCUAUGACAGGAAAAAGUACAAAGAUGAAAGUGAUUAUGCCUUACGUUACAUGGAGAGUAGUUGGAAAGAGCAGCAGAAAGAAGAAGCAAAGAGUUUAAGACUAGGUAUGCAAGAGGACUUAGAGGAAAUGCGACGCGAAGAAGAAGAAAUGAAACGUCGAAAGGCCAAGAAGCUGAAGAGACAUUAGCUGCUGCUUUGAUUUAUUUUUGUGAAAUUCUAGGAUUACUGCUGCAAGGAUUUCCUUCCUUCAGACUGAGUUAAGUCCCUUAUCAGUUUAGAUUUAUACUUGAGCCCUCAAGGAGAAGGAAUGCGUACUGUCAUUUAUGGCUAUCCUUUGAGCAGGAAGUGCUUUUGAAUACUCCAAGAUGAGAUGGGUAGUGCAGAUGGUGCCGUGCCCGCGUGUGCGCCCUGACGCGGUGCCACUCACCAGCCAGCCAGUCCCUUGCUGUUCCUUUACUACUUUAAAAGGAAGAGACUCCCAAUUCUGCUGAUGUGUGAGUAGGACACCUCUCGGCUCCCACAUUUAACUUAUGAUGAAAAAACUGGCCCUUCCAUGAAUGUUGCCAGCAAUAAAGUGACCUGUCUUAAUCUAUAUGUUUGGAUUAAGAAAUUAACAAUGUAGAGUAUGCUUUAAAUUUUCACAUGGAUGUCAUCCUUGUGACUUUGAGGUACAAAAUACAGUGAGUUAUUGUAUUCUACAUUAUUCAUGGAUUGGAUGCUGAGCAUUCUUAAUUUAGGUGAUUAGGCAAUUUAAAAAAUGUUUCCAAGUUAAAAUACAGAUCACACCAAUAUAAGAAUAUUCUGAGUUUUCCAAUUUACUGUUACGUUGGCUUCAGUAAAACAGACAAGGUCACUGUGCUGAUCUUAAUUCAUUUUUAUACUGAAGAAAAAAUAUUUUAUUCAAAUAUUAGAUUUAAAAGAAUAAUAGUUUAAAAAUAAUGAAGUGACAUGUGAGACUCCUCUCCACCUUAUUCUUCUUCCCAAUCAAAGAUAUUUUGGAAUCCCAAGGUGCCCCUGUACCUCUUGAUGUUAAUGACUUUGCAUUUUUAGCCUAAAUUCCUUAGCAAAUGUUAAUAGCAAAAAACCAAAAACUAAAUUUGUGUGUAUGAAGAGCACCACCUUCUCUUUUGCCCAUAUUGCACUUUGAUUUCAAACUAUGCACUGUGAAGAGAUUCUCCCUCCCCCAUGGUAGAACGGGUGUUCCCUGCAGGUGUUCUUCUGGGCCAUGGAACUUUCUUCAUUUUCACCUCUCUUUAAGUUAUCCCUGUAGACUUUGUAUCACUUAAGCCUCCAUUCCAGACAUUCCGGUCAAGCCAACCAAGGAUCUGGCUCAGAGGAAGCCAGGUGUCAAGGACAGUGAUGCUGUGAUGCUGUGUUGAUGCUCGAGGACAUUUGUCCUUGACUCAGUGCAGAGGGCUUGGAAGCAGUCAGAACUAAGCUUGUCAGAGCAGUUCUGCAGUAAGUGCUCUGGGUAUCUCAAGCCAUUGGCUGGGGGAAUAGGAAGUAAGAGGGCUUGCCCUACAAAGAAUCCUUAUUGUUCAUCAGGUCCUAGCAUUUUUGUAUAUUCUUUUUUACCCAUGUCUUUAUUUUUUGUUUGUUUGUUUGUUUGUUUUUUGAGA